CGAAAUGAGAAAGGCCCCGGCAAUAAAGAACGCUAGCUGCCCUAACCUCAAAGAAGAAGAAAAAGCAGCGACAUGUGAUGACGUAGUUAGAGCGCGCCGAAGAAGCUAUCAGUCCGGUUAGCGACGUUAGCUCCAUGGAUGUAUUAUGGUUAGCUCCCCUGUGAAAUGAGACUAUUGAUAAGUUCGCGCUUCUUGUUGGGUGUUUUAUCGUCUUAGAUGGUCCACCAACCAGCCCGGUGCCGAGUAGUAGUUUGCUCCAGUCUCAACCGGCAGUCGUUAUGGCAGCGGAGGGGGAUCUACCAGCAGACCUUCUGACAGAGGAGGUGAAACACAGCAGCGGGGACUUCGUUCCCCCGGACGGGCUGUGCUGGGUGUCCGUGCUGUCCUGUCUGCUGCUGGCGUGCUCCUAUGUGGGCAGUCUGUACGUGUGGAGGAGUGAUCUGCCCAGGGAUCACCCCGUUGUGAUAAAGAGACGCUUCACCAGCGUGCUCAUCGUCUCCGGCCUGUCUCCUCUCUUUGUGUGGACAUGGAGACAGUUCACAGGAGUCAGGACCGGCCCAGCGCUGCUCUCUCUGAUGGGGAUCCGCUUCGAAGGCCUCAUUCCUGCCAUCAUUCUCCCUCUGAUGCUCACCAUGGUGCUGUUCCUGGGCCCGCUCAUGCAGCUGGCGAUGGACUGUCCCUGGAGCUUCAUGGAUGGGUUCCGGGUGGCCAUAGACCCCUGGUUCUGGUCGCUGUGUUUCAGUGACAUGCGCUGGCUGAGGAACCAGGUGGUGGCCCCCCUCACAGAGGAGCUGGUGUUCAGGGCCUGCAUGCUGCCCAUGCUGGUGCCCUGCGCCGGGCCCCUCACCGCCAUCUUCACCUGCCCCCUGUUCUUCGGAGUGGCUCACUUCCACCAUGUGAUCGAGCUGCUGAGGUUCAGACAGGGGACGCUGUCCGGGAUCUUCCUCUCUGCAGUGUUCCAGUUCUCCUACACAGCCGUGUUCGGGGCCUACACCGCCUUCAUCUUCAUCAGAACAGGUCACCUGAUUGGCCCGGUGCUCUGCCACUCCUUCUGUAACUACAUGGGUUUCCCCGCCAUCAGCACGGCGAUGGAGCACCCCCACCGCCUCACCGUCCUCUCCUCCUACCUGAUGGGGGUGCUCCUCUUCUUCCUCUUCCUCUUCCCCUUCACUGACCCCGCCUACUACGGCCUGCCCACCCCCGUGUGCACCCUCACCUCCUCCCCCAGCUCCCUCUGUCUCUCCUGAUCCCCCCCCCCCCCCAACUUUGUGGCCAAGUUACAGUUCAGGUGAGACUGAGGGUUAAGUUGCCAUGGAGAGUCGGGAAAUAUGUGGUCUAUGGCCUCCUGAUAUGUCGGUGCAUAUUCAUUAAAUGAGUCAGCUGAAGCUCUUCUGAGAAGGGGGGGGGUUCAUGUUGCUGGGACCCUGGAAAUGUGUGUGACUGUAGUCUCUGUCCCUGAUCUUAAUGUAGCGCUAACACUGAAGGACACUUCCUCCUCAGAUCCUCUCGUACUGACGAUCAUAAUAUUCCUUUUUGAAUAUUAAUCUUCCACUCGUAGUCCGUUUGCCAGCUCAUAGAAUCCGAGUGAAACCAGAAAUGAUGAGUACCCCAAACUCCUAUGUUAAAAUGUAUAGUAGGGGUCUCCAGUACAUAGAAACUGCAGGAUGGUAACUUGCAUAUGUUGGGCAAUUUGCACAAAAUGGCAGUUUUAACCAGAAAAUGCCAAUAUGUGUAUUCUGUGGACUGAUUUUGAGAUAUUUUGGGACAAUUUCUGGUUGAAACUGCCAUUUUUGAUCCUGAAAAUGAUCCAAGCCAUUUUUCACUAUUGUCCACAUAGGCUAUAAUGCUAAUUCAUGCAAAUGAAUGCAACUUAUGCUAAUUGUGCAAAUGUCCCAACAUGCAGGUUAGCAUCCGUCAGUUUCUAUGUGGUGGAGCCCCAUACUAUUUCUAUCAUAACUAUUUGGUAUACUUCACAUUCCCGGGUUCACACGGCUGACUAGCUUAUCAGCCUGAGCCCGUCUUUUUAAAGGAUAAUUCUUGUUUAUUACAACGUGGUCUUAUUUUCACAAUCCAUUUCCAUCACUUAUAAAUUGACCAAGUUAAUGCAGAGAUUUAGAAACAAAGGUACAUAACAACGAAGGGCAGGUGUAUAGAAAAUUCCAAGGGAACAGUAAAACAUGUAAAGGGGAAAGUUGAGGUAUAUUCAUAUCCAUAUUUACUUGUUUGAGCUUUAAGAGGCUUGCUAGUUCUCACUUUUUAAAAUCUCAGUUGGGACAGUGAUGAACCUUGAUUGAAUGUGAGGGAAUUAGGAUGGGAACCGUAAAAUGAUCACCCAUAAUCAAUCCACUUCCUGGUUAACCUUUGAGCUACUGUACUUCUGGUAGAUUUCUGAAUACAUGAGGGCUUCAGCUGCUGAGUCUUUUUCAGUAUGCUAUUUAAGGAUUCAGCAUGGAUGCACAUCUAAACUGCUGGGAAAAAGCAUUUUUAUUAUAUUUAUCCAGAUAUUCUUCUGGUUUGUUCCUGACCCAUCAGAUAAUCUGACUGUUCAUAGUUCAAAUAGAUAAAUGAUGGCAAAAACAAUGAAAAUAAGACCUUGGUUGUAGAGUUCUGCUGCCCGUUGAGUUUUGAAAAGGUUUAGGGUUUUUAGACGGGUUUGGAUCAUUUCGGUGCCUAAGGUUUAGGUUUUAAAUUGGGCAGUACUAGUUGGGUUUAGUUGAAUCUGAAAGAUUGGGCUUGUUUAGCCCGUACAGAACUCUUAUCAAGGUUUGAUAAACCUGAAUUAUCCUUAAAUUCUUUGAGCAUCUCUUGAGCGAGACAUGGAUAUAUCAUUUUUUUUUUCCCGAGUCACAGCCCUUACAAAAUCGUUCUUGCUGCACUGCAUUGUGGUCCAAAGAGGCUCAUAGACAUGUUGGAUCCUCUCCUGGUUGGAUUCCUCUCUGAAUGAUUGUUAAAGAGCCUGUUGUAGCUGCACUGGAGUUCAGGAAUGUCGGAGAUCACCGUUAGUUGUUUUAAUUUUACACACUCGUUCUUAACCGUGUCAUUUCUUACUUGUCCAGACAAAUCAGACAGCGGCUCUCUGCUGCUGUAGAGAGGCUGGAUGGGUCAGUGUUUGCUAUAAAUGUUAUUUAUAUGCAUGUUU